AUGGGCUUGCCGCCAAAACCGAUACCGGUGGUGUAUCCGGUCAACGACACCUCCCGGUCCGAAGCCGAGCGUCAGUAUCUGCAGAAAUUGACAGAGUUUGCCGCCAAACAGGACUUGACAGAGGACUCGAGGGCCUACGUUCGAAAUGUCACGAUAGCCUUCACCGUCUUUGCGGGCAUCUUCGUGGGGUUACGUUUCCUCGCCCGCUAUCGACAGUCUGCUCGCAUCCUGAUUGACGACUGGAUGAUGGUGGCUGCCUUCGUGGUGCUGAUCGGGAACAUGAUCAUGAACUUGGAGCUCAUUCGGAUGGGGUUGGGACUGCAUUCAGGGGUCUUGACCCUUCCAGAGUUGCAGAAGUUGAACGAGACCCUCGUCGGCGCCGAGAUCAUCUAUGUCACGGGAGUCAACCUGUACAAGAUCUCGCUGCUUUUCUUCUACUUUCGCAUCUUCCCCAUCCGUUCCGUGCGGCUCGGCGGUUACAUCUGCGGCGGGGUCACGACCGCUUGGAACAUUGCCUGCAUCCUGGCGGCCACCUGGCAAUGCACGCCUCGCCAGAGGCUGUGGGAGCCAUGGCUCGAGGGGACAUGCAUCGACCUGUUCCUCACGCAACUCUGCAUCUCAGUCCCGAGCAUCCUCUGUGACAUCGCCAUCCUCUGCCUCCCUCUCCCCCACGUCCUGCGGCUCAAGACCAAUCUCUUCCAACGGGCCCUGCUUGUGUUUGUCUUCUCCCUCGGAAGUUAUGUUGUCUUCACGAGCAUCUACCGCUUCCGCGUGUACUUGACCUACACGACUGACGACGUGCCAUGGUCGCUGGCCGACCCCUGCGCCUGGAAUAUCAUCGAGAUCAGCAGUGGCAUCGUGUCAGCAUGUCUGCCCACUCUGGGUCCCCUCGUCCGCGACCUCUGGAAAUCCGCCUGGCCCUCCAGCACCGGCGGCUCCAAGAGCGGCGGCGGCCCCUCGUACGGCAAGGGCUCCUCCGCCAUCGUGACCAUCGGUGGGACGGGCGGGCGCAAGAACAAGAACAGCGGCCCGCACAGCGGCCUGGGCUCGCACUGGGACCGCAUCGGCGAGAGCGGGCCCGACAGCGAGCCGGCUCAUUCUCGUGACGAUUUGGAGUUGGUGCCCAAGGCGGCGGCGGGGCGAGUCAAGGUCACGGUGCAUGCUAGUCCGGUGCCUACUGCGGCGGCGAUGCCGGGGUCGGGGCCGGGGAGGAGGAGGGGGAGUGAUGAGGAGGAUUUGGAAAGGAAUGCUGGUGGUGCAGGUGGGGGCGACAGAAUGCCGACGCCGCCUAGUGAUGAUGAUGAUACUGAUCGGUUUCCGAAGAGUGGGAUACGGCAGCGGACGGAUGUCGAGUGGAGGGUGGAGCGGAGGAGUUUAUCGGCGCGAUGA